AUGCCGCUCUUGUACACGAUCGUGUCGCGGGGAACUACAGUGUUGGCAGAAUUCAGCGUGGCAGCGGGCAAUGCGAACGCGGUGGCGAGGAGAAUACUGGAGAAGCUGCCAGUGGACGGGGAUGCGCGUGUGUCGUACACGCACGACCGCCACGUCUUCCACAUCCUGCGCGCCGAUGAGCUCGUCUUCCUCUGCAUGGCCGACGCUCCCUUUGGACGCCGAGUGCCAUUUGCAUACCUAGAGGACGUGCACAUGCGGUUCAUGAAGACGUACGGCCGCGUGGCCGCCACAGCGCUCGCCUACGCCAUGAACGACGAGUUCUCACGCGUCCUCGCCGCACAGAUGGAGUUCUUCUCCUCCAAUCCCAACUCUGAUACCAUCAGCCGCGUCAAGAAUGAAAUCAGCGAGGUGAAGUCGGUGAUGGUGGAGAACAUAGACAUGGUGCUGGACCGUGGUAACCGCAUAGAGCUGCUAGUGGACAAGACCGCCACCCUGCAGGACAACACGUUCCGCUUCAAGAAGCAGGCGCGCGCACUCAAGCGAGCACUGUGGUGGAAAAACACCAAACUCAUGAUUGCCAUGAGUGGAGUAAUUCUUAUUGCUCUCUACCUUUUCGUGGCCCUGGAGCUGGGGCAACCGCAGGGAGGACCAGCCAGGCGCCUCACGCGAUUCCGCACGGGUCCCAGCAUCGCUCCUGCCUCCCUCAUAUCCUGUCAGUCUGCAGUUUGGAAGAGCAAGCCAAGCUCUCCACCAACCCUCCCGUGUUCGAAGUGUGCCACUUCUAGCCUUCCACUAGCAACCAUGGCUGCCGUGGCAUCUUCGUCCGCUGUCCUCAGGAGCUCGUUCCUUGGCCAGAAUGUCGUCGCUCCCCGCGUGGAGUCCGCCUCCCGCACCGUGAUGACCCUCGGCAAGAAGAAGGCCGCUGCCGCCAAGAAGGCUGCGCCUGCCUCCGCCGUUGAUGCCGAGCUGGCCAAGUGGUAUGGCCCCGACCGCAGGACCUACCUCCCCGAGGGUCUCCUCGACAGGUCUGAGAUCCCGUCCUACCUCACUGGCGAGGUUCCCGGCGACUACGGCUACGAUCCCCUGGGUCUGUCGAAGAAGCCCGCUGACUUCGAGAAGUACCGCGCCAACGAGGUGAUCCACGGCCGUUGGGCCAUGCUCGGCGCCGCCGGCUUCAUCCUGCCCGAGGCGUUCAACAAGUACGUGCCCGGCGUGUGCGGUCCCGAGGCCGUGUGGUUCAAGACCGGUGCUCUCCUGCUCGAGGGUGACAGCAUCCAGUACCUGGGUGCCACCAUCCCCGUCAACCUGGCUAUUGCCACCCUCGCCGAGGUCAUCCUCGUCGGCGGUGCUGAGUUCUACCGCGGCAAGAACGCCUCUCCCCUCGGCACCGACCUCGACACUCUGUACCCCGGCGGUUCCUUCGACCCCCUUGGUCUCGCCUCGGACCCCGACACCCUGGCCAUCCUUAAGGUGAAGGAGCUGAAGAACGGCCGUCUCGCUAUGUUCUCGAUGCUCGGAUUCUUCGUCCAGGCGAAGGUCACUGGUGAGGGCCCAGUGGAGAACCUGACCACCCACUUGAGCGACCCCUUCGGCAACAACCUUCUGACCUCGCUGGGCAAUGCCGCGGACCAGACGGGAGGUCGAGAGGAAGUAGAGACAGGGCCAAUGCGGGAGGGGGAGGGGGAGAGGAACGCGGAAGGAGGGGGAGCGGGAGCAGAGGCGGAGGCGGAGGCGGAAGCGGGAGCGGAACAGGAUCUGUCAACGAUAGACCCGUGCCAUAUCAUCAGGCUGAUCCGCACACUGCUGGAGGAGGCGCGGGGGGGUGAUGCGGAGGGAAGGGCAGGGGAAGACGGGGCAGAGGGGGCAGAGGCGGCAAGCGAGGGAGGAAGGGGUGAGAGGGGCACAGGCGGGGGAGGGGGAGUGCGAGGAGAAGCGGAAGAAGCAGGGGGGGUUGGAAUGGACGAAGGGGGGGAGGAAGGGGCGGGGGAGGCGGGAGUGCGCGCUGGAGGGGGGAGAGAGGGAGAGGGGGGGAGAGCAGGUGGGGAGGUGAGAGAAAACGGAUUGAGGGGGGAGGGUAGAGGCGGUGGUGGUGGUGAUGAUGAUGAUGAAGAGAGGGGGAAGGAGGGCGCAUGGGAGGGGGAGGGAGGAGGUGCGAGGGAGGGCGGUGAGGGGAGGAGGGAGGAGGCAGGGUGUGUGCUGUGGGACCUGGCUGCUAGUGAGGAGCACGCAGAGCUCAUGGAGAUUUGCAUGGGGCUGCUUGCGAACCUGGCAUGCCACAUAGCACCAGCACACAGCAUGACAAUCAUGGGCGGAAGUGAUGACAGUGUAGCGCCCAGCAGCAUGAUGCAUGCGGUGGUGGCAGUGCUCAUGGGCGAGGACGACCCGCCCUGCCUCAGUGAGACCUGCCGGCUGUUAGGCACGGUGCUGCGCGGUGCAGAGUCAGAGGCAUGGGCAGCGUUCCUGGCAGGCUCUGCUGCUGACUGCCUGCCCCGCAUGCUCUGGAUCGCUGCCAACACCCUGCACCCGCAACUGCUGCGCAAGUGCACGGAUCUGCUGCUGGCAAUGGUGGACUCCUCCCACCCAGCAUCACACGUGCUGCUGCCUGCGCUGCUCGCCCUGCCGCUGCUCUGCACCCUCGCCGACCUCAUUGCCUCUGAGAUGGACCGACUGGCCGACGGCUCCAGAGACGAUGACGACAUCCUGGACGCCCUCCUGCAAGUGCCUGAAGCCAUCUCUCUCGCGCCCGGCCCUCCGUCUGCCCUCCUCGCCGCCCAUCCCCGCAUGCUCCCCCUCGCUGUCUCUGUUGUCGCCUCCGCUCCAUCCCAUGCUGUGGCGGCAGCAGCUGUGACAGCAGCGGUGCUAGCAGCCAACAUAAUCGCAGACGACUCCUCUCUCAUCCCGCACCUCACUGCAGCACCGCAGUUUGUGCCACGCCUGCUGGCCCUGCUCCCCUUGGUCUCAGACGACGCGGGCGCACGCACUGCUGUGUGGUCUCUACUGCACGCUCUCUGCUCGUAUGCCCUUGCGGGAGGAGGGGUGCGUGGUGGGCGCGGAUCAGGGGAGGGCAGGGAAAGGCUUGUGGAGGGGGAUGGGGAGAGAGGGAUCGGGGAUUGUCCUGAGGAUGGGCGGCAGGAGCGGAUGCAAGAGGAUGGGGGGAGAGAGUAUGAGAGGAUUGUAGAGGACUUGCAGGAGCAUGCGAGGCAGGAGAACAGCGUGUGCCUGGGCGAGGAGGGGAGUGGCCGUGACACGAGUGAUAAGAGCGGCGACACGGGCGAUGGGGGUGAGCCACAAGGCAACUGUGCUGCUGCUGAUUCGCCUUAUUGA